AGAAAUAGAGUUUUCUCCUAAAUCAUUAUCAUCUGUGUUAAAAGACAAAAAAACUACUAGUCUACCAAAAAAAAGAAAAAAACGCAGACUCAUAGCUGAAGCAUGGCAUUAUUUUAAAAUAGAAGGAAAUUUUGCAGUAUGCCAAGUCGAAAUAACUCAAGAUGGAAAACAAAAAAAAGAGGAUGUUGAAAUUGUUCGAUUUAAUCUGUUAUCAGCUCUUAAUAUAGAUAAAGAAAUUGGUUCAGAAGAAGAGGAUGAAGAUAGAGAAAUUGAUGAAUCUACAAUAAAAGUGUUGCAUAAUAUCACCGAUAUUUGUACUAGAUGGAACUCUAGUUACUAUUCAUAG